AUGGAAUCUCAUGAAAAUAUUGACAAGAUGUACUACAUAUUCAAUGAUCUUAUCAAGGAUUUAGAAGUGCUUGAAAAGAACUACUCUCUAGGUGAGAAAAAUAGAAAAAUUCUGAAUGCCUUAUCAAAAGAUUGGGAGAAUAAAGUGACUGCCAUAGAGGAAGCUAAAGAUCUAAAUAUCCUACCUAUUGAAUCUCUUAUUAACUCUUUAACCACUUAUGAGCUGAAACUCAAAUCUAAGGUGCAGGAAGAAGAAGACACCAAGAUAAGGAGGAGUAUUGCUUUAAAAGUUUCACAAGAUGAAAAUGAUACAGCCUUCCUGGAUAGAGAAGACAUGGAAGAAGAAAAAGUCGAAGAAGAAGAGGAAUCUGCCCAAGUGGCCUUCAUGGCUAUUGGUGAUGAAGAGGUGAACUUGAUAAACAUUGUUAAAAAAUCAAAAUGGUUCAUAGAUAGUGGAUGCUCAAAACAUAUGACCAGUGAUGCAUCACAGUUCAUCAAGCUCAAGCCAAAAACAAGUGGAAAGGUAACUUUUGGAGAUGAUAAUAAAGCUAAAACUGUUGGAAUUGGUGAUAUUGGUGUUCAAAAAGAGUUGAAAAAACUAACAAUCUGUAACCAAGGCACAGUUUCAUCAGAAAAUGUUUCAAAGGAAGGUGAAAAUCAAGACAGUCCAGCUAGGGAAGACAAUGACAGAGACACUACCAUUCCUAAUGAUCUUUCAAGAGUCUGGAAAUUUGUUCAAAACCAUCCUAAGGAACUUAUUAUUGGUGAUCCAUCCGAAAAGAUGGGAGAGCAUCACUCUGAAGAAAAUCCAGUAAGUAGGAAUGCAGUAGAAAUGGAAAAGCCCACCUAUGCUGAAGUAGCUGUAGCUAUCACGAAAUCUCCUGGGAGAAGAAAAAGAUCUGCCCAAAAGAGAAGAACUGCUCAAUCUAAUGUAGAGAAAAAUGCUGAGGAUCAGCACACCCCUGAACCAUCUACCAGAAAAUCUCCACGGACAAGGUCUGAGGUUCAGAAUACUGAGUCGUCUGCCAAGCAAACUGCAAAAAGGAAACGUUCUGUAAAGGAACCAGAGACUCAGCCUACCAAAGAACCUACUCCUCUGCCAAAAUUCAUUGAUGAUGAGGCCAGAGACAGAUUUGAAUGGUCUCAUGAUGACCAUGUCCCCUGCCCAACAGUCUAUUUUAUUAAAAAAAGAAAUCUCCUUGUGCCUCCAAUCCCUGAAUUCAAUGAAAAUGCUCAUCAAAAAGAGCCAACACCUCAGCCCACAGAGCAUACUCCUGGUAUUGAAGCCACUCCAGAAGCACAUGCUUCCAGCUCUCAGCCCAAAGAUAAAGGCAAGGCUCCUAUAACUGAGGAGGCAACUGAAGAAGAUCAUGAAGAGACUGAGGAAGAAGACCAAGUGGAUCCUGAGCAGUUUCGUCUAACCAGGAGAAAGUCUGGAUCGUCUAAAAUCACCAUCUAG